GCUAAGGCGUCGGUACUUCUAUGUACUCUAGAUAGUUCAGAGGUUAGCUACAGUUAGGUAGGAGUAUUUCUUCGAAAGAGUGUGGUUAUGCUCAAAAAUUUUAAUUUUGAUAAUCAAGAUUUAUUGCAAAGGCUACGACUGCGCUCCUUGAAGAGCUAGCAAUCACUUAAUUUUUAAUCCACGAGAACACGGACCGGUUAAAAUGGGUAUCCCGAAAUUUUUUCGAUACAUUAGCGAAAGAUACCCUUGUCUUAGCGAAUCGGUCAAACAACACCAGAUACCAGAAUAUGACAAUUUAUACCUAGAUAUGAAUGGUAUUAUUCACGUGUGUUCACAUCCUAAUGACGAAGAUACGCACUUUCGUAUUACAGAAGAAGAAAUUUUAAAAAAUAUAUUUCAUUAUGUAGAAACAUUGUUUAAUAUUAUUCAACCUCGUAAAGUGUUUUUUAUGGCUGUCGAUGGAGUUGCACCUCGAGCCAAGAUUAAUCAACAAAGAGGUCGCAGAUUUAGGUCUGCCAAAGAAGCUGAAAUUUUAGAGAUGAAAGCUAAAGCCAAAGGAGAAGUUUUACCCACUGCGGCAAGGUUUGAUUCAAAUUGUAUUACUCCAGGCACACUCUUCAUGGCUAAACUUAAUGAACAGUUGAAAUAUUUUAUUACCUGGAAAAUGUCACAAGAUAAAUUAUGGCAGAAGUGUAAAGUUAUAUUCAGUGGAUCUGAGGUACCAGGUGAGGGUGAACAUAAAAUAAUGGAUUACAUACGAUAUAUAAGAAUCCAACCAGAUUAUGAUCACAACACAAGGCACUGCCUAUAUGGUUUAGACGCAGACCUCAUAAUGUUGGGUUUAUGCACUCACGAACCACACUUUUCGUUGCUUCGAGAGGAAAUAAAGUUUGGAAAACAGAGCAAAAACAAAAGGAUAAUGAUUCCUGAGGAGAUAAAGUUUAAUCUUCUACACUUAUCUAUAAUGCGAGAAUAUCUAGAACAUGAGUUUUCACCACUUAAGGAUAAACUGCCCUUCCCAUAUAACAUUGAGAAAAUAAUUGACGAUUGGAUUCUAAUGGGAUUUCUGGUGGGCAAUGAUUUUAUCCCUCACUUACCAAACCUACAUAUCGUGAAUGGAAUGCUGCCGGUGUUGUAUCAUGCAUACAUGGAAGUAUUGCCGACUUUGGAUGGUUAUAUUAACGAAACAGGCACGUUAAAGCUUGAUAGAUUUGAAAAAUUCAUGGAGAAGUUGAGUACCAUCGAUGCUCAACAGUUUGCUGAAUAUUCUGCAGAUUUAAAGUACAUUGAAAGUAAAAUGAGAAAAGCAAAUGAAUCCGAAGAUCUAAACUUCAAAAAAUCAAAGAAUUCCCCAGAAAAGACUCCAUCACCUAAGAUAGUUCUUAAUAGGGAUUUGAAUGCUCUGAUAAAAUCUACUGAAGAUAUGUUGUUAGGUCAUUCAGACGAAGAUGACGAGGAUGAAGAUUCUGACCGUGAUAUACACAAAUUGGAAUUUGUUCAACAUAAGCGAGAUUACUAUAUGAACAAAUUAGAGUAUGAAAACGUUGAUGAAGAUGUUUUACAAUCCCAAGCAGAAGGAUAUGUGAGAGCUAUCCAAUGGAAUUUACAUUAUUACUACGAUGGCUGUUGUAGUUGGUCGUGGUAUUAUCCACAUCACUACGCACCAUAUGCUUCCGAUAUAAAAGGAUUCAAAAACUUGAAGCUCGAGUUUGAUUUAGGCGAACCUUUUUUGCCCUUUCAACAGUUGUUGGCUGUAUUGCCAGCCGCGAGCAAAAGCUUAUUACCAGAACCUUUUCAGGAACUACUAACGGAAGAACAAUCACCAAUUAUUAAUUAUUACCCAAAAGAGUUUAAAACCGAUCUAAACGGUAAGCAACAAGAAUGGGAAGCAGUCGUGUUAAUUCCAUUUAUAAAUGAGCAAAACUUGUUGAAAGCAAUGGAACCAUACAUUUCAAGGUUGUCACCCGAAGAACUGAAGAGAAAUCAACAUGGUCCCAUGCAUAUAUAUGUAUAUACUGACGAGGAUUUAGGCUUUUACAAUGCACCGGCAUAUUUCCCCAGCGUUAAAAACCACGCACAAGUACAAGUAAUAAAACGCGAAGACAUACUAGUGCCAAUUGACAAAAUAAUUAAAGGCAUACUACCUGGUGCAAAACUUAGCGUUUACUUCCCUGGAUUUCCCACACUGCAACACAUCAAGCACACCAUGUCCUUCGAGAAGAGUAAGGUCAGAGUGUUUGAUCACAUGUCCAGAAAUGAUAACAUGAUUUUAACCAUAGUCAAACGAAACACUCCAAGCUUGACUGAAGUUGCAAAAGAAUUUUUGGGACAAACAAUAUUCGUCCAGUGGCCUCACCUUAUCGAAGCUCGAGUGGAAGCUGUGUCAGAUGGAACGUUAAAACUGCAUUCAGAUCCUAAUAAUCCAGAGAAGGAAGAAUUAAAGGGUGGGGUGAACACUAAGUGGAAUUUCGAUUGGAGAGAAAUUAAAGAAACCUAUUUCACUCGUCGGGGCAUAGAUGUAGGUGAGACUCAUAUAUUAGUGCAUGCACGGCCUAUCAUUGGAAGAAGCUAUAUUUUCAGCGCUCAAGGCAAAUUGACAUUUGAGAAACAAUGGAGUGAAAUUAUUAUGUCUUAUGCCUACCAAGCUGUAGUCAAAGACAUAGCUGUUCAUGAUCCUACGUUUAUAAUGUACAAAUCCGUGGCAGAUGUAUUUCCAGAGAAGAGUACCUGUUUCAUGUUAGGGCAUCCACAUUAUGGCGCCAUGGGAGAGGUUAUCGAACCUGGAGUGAAUGCAAAGGCAGGUCGUGUGAAAGUGGCCAUGCGAAUAAUGCCAGAACCAAACUUCAACUCCAUCCGUAAACUGUUGAGAGAUUCGAAAUCCCAAUUUGUGCUAGCUAAUAUCGCUGCUCAAAGGCUGGGAAUAAGUAGUCGGGUUUUCGGUAGAAUUACCGGUUCUAUUUUCGUUUCGCAAAACACAACCCAAACUCCCUCAAUGGAGAACGCAAGACAUAACGUUGGUUUGAAUUUAAAAUUCAACAAGAAAAACGAAGAGGUACCGGGGUACACCCGCAAAGAAAACAAUCAGUGGUUGUACAGUGCAAAGUCCAUUGAAUUAAUACGCAAUUAUAUGGUACAGUGUCCUGAUCUGUUCGAGAGGUUAGGGCAGAAUUCUGUGAACGAUAUCUUUCAUGAAAGUGAACUAUUUCCCUCGGGAUCAACUGGAUUAAAUGAUGCAGUCUCAUGGUUAAAGUCUCAGCCGUUUAAUAGCAUUGGAACCCGUUCCUGUGGUUCCGAAUCUUUGGAAGUCGAUCUAGUGAAAGAACUGGAAAAAACGAUUGAUGAAUAUGUAGCUACGCAGAACAAUGCAGGAAAGACUCUCUUGAUGCAAGUCAAACCGCAUUUAUUGUUUAAGUCUGGGUUACAUAUUGGGAAUCUGUCACCUGAUCCAAAAGCUCAGCAUGAACUAUGCGACAGAAUUGUGUGUGUAAGAGAAAGCUAUACCGUUCCCCUUGGUUAUAAGGGUACGAUCAUGACUGUACACAAAGCCGAGAAACCUUGUGAUGUAAUGUAUGAGGUUUUGUUUGAUCACCCAUUCCCAGGAGCUCUUGCAUUAAACGGAUUAACCUCAAAACGCUGCUACAAGUUAAUGCCAAUGGACUUCAUUAAUAUAAGUUAUGGCAUGCGAGUAGAACAGGGACGAUCACCGAAAUCAGAACCUGUGUUAUCUUGGAGACAAUCAUCGACUUCUCAAACUCCACCUAGCUCAAGUGCUUUCGCGUCAAUUAGUGGGAAUCAGGUUGCCUUUUCGCCAGCAUUCUUUAUGAGAAAUCGAUCGUCACCUGCCUCCCAACCAAUGAAUCCAAGAAUAAUCAAUGAGCAACUGACUCAGAUUGACCCACGAAGAAAAACAAAUGAGAAACCAGUGGAAGCAAAAGCAAUUCUCAGUAAGACUUUUCAGCCUUCGAAGCAACAGCAGCCGUAUCAACAAAAUAUACCCAAGACAACACCGCAGCAGUCUUCAGAGUUCCAGACGUUAUGGAACGAAUUACACAAAUUGCAGAAAUGGAAUGGUAAGCCCAAAGUAUCCGCGUCGACGCCAAAAGAAACCGAGGUUAAGCAGCCUACAAACACGAGUGUCGAUACAGAGAGCAAUCCUCGGGAUCCCAGUGCUUACUUGAAAGUAAUGCUGAAAAUACCUGAUGAGACUUCGCAAUGUAGCCUACGACCUCAGUCUGCGGUACCACCAGCGAAACCUCCUGUGCUCCCACAACCUCCAAAAUCCUCGGAAGCACCACCAUUAGUACAACGAUUAUUCGAUCAUGCACGACAAACGGGGAACAAGGAAGACGGUGUUCUCUACUGUACACUUUUACUAGAUUAUUUUCAAAUGAACGGCUUAGGUGUACCUCGGUACACGUACGUAACUUGUAAGGAGAAAAAUCUUAUCCAAGCCCAGAUAGUAUUGCCGGACAUGAGGCGAUUCUCCGGCGACUUCCACGUAACGAGCGAACAAGCUGCCGAAAGUGUCGCAAAGAAAGUGUGCAAGACGUUAUACUUUAACAAAGUGCCGAAACCGAACGCGAACGUCCUUCUCGCGCCGCCUCAGAAAUGGUUCGAAGGCCAACCGAUGGGCAACAGACCACCGAACGUUCGACAACAAAUGAUGCGAAUGUGCCCUCCUCAAAUGCCGAUGAAUCCACUAUCCCCUUCCAUGCCCGUUCCCAGAUGGAACGCAAAGAAUCAACAGGCUCAAGGAUUCCCACCUAUGAUGUCGCAGCCCAGAAUGCAACAAAGGCAUUAUUCACCUGUACAGAACACUUCUACGAAUUGGAAAACGGAAAGCAACACUCCUCCGGUCAAGAACACGUCCUUCGUGCCGUUGCAAGCACAAAAGAAAAACAGAAGUACUUCACAACCGGCGUCUAAGGAGGCUAGAGAUCAAAGUAAGAACGGAAAGGGUCAAAACGUGCACGCCGAGCACCGUAAAGCGACCUCGGAUCCGCCCAAGAAAGUCUCUGCGCAGGAAGCCAGUGAUAUCGCGACUAAGGAACCGGCGACGCAAAUAAGUUCUUCUCAGCCUCAACACAAUCGACAAACGUCCCGGAUGGAAAGGCAACGGAAGUCCAGAAUCGCUGCCAAUUUCGGUUCGUCGCCCUCGCCCAACGGCGGUGAACAGCAGUAAGGACGACUGGGUCUACGAUUCCUCCAUAGAUUUAUUGGAAAUAUAUUUAACUACCGCAAACGCGAUUUUCACGCAUUCUAGUAAGGACCGACGAAACUUUGUGAAGACUCUUUUAACCCUCUAAGAGUACGAUAAUACGCGUAAUCUAUGAAUGGACAAGGUCCCAUGAUCGGUCGUGAACACGUGCGCUGGAACACAGCCAAACAGUCGUCGUUCCCCGAUAACGUUACUGUAAUUUUUAAAGGAGACGUUCAUUGCUUCGACUCGCGACGACGAAGCGUAUAAGAGAACCAAGCAAUCGAUUAAUUUUUGCGGCGAUUUUUCAUUAAUUUUACACCGCAUUAUACACGUAACCGUUUCGCCGCUCGUUUUACCGGUGGCUCGUAAAGCACGACGUGAAUGCGUUUAGGUCGUUACUUUGACUAUUGUCGCGGAUAAAUCCACGAAUUUCGCCGUUCGAACUGUAUAUUCCUGAAGUCUAUGGAAUCCCCUCCGAUUUAUGUCGGGACCACGCGAGCGAACAGUACAAAAAUGCUGCUCUAUGACGCGACUUCCGUGCGAGCACGCGUCGAAGAAGUGAUAAUCUGUCGAUUAGAAUGCCAAUUUCCCUUCUCGACUUCGUACAUGCUCCGCACCUCACACGUUUAUUUCAUUUCAUUUGAUCCUUUCUAAAGAGCGUUCGUAACGUUACGGCGUUUCCGUUGUUUAAAGUGGCCAUUUCUUUUUACGAGGACAUACUACAGAGUACAAGGCCCGAUGUCACUACCGUGAUGUAAUUGUGAGUAUUUACCAUGUACGUCUCCUGGAAAACAAUAAAUCAUUACGCAAGGUAAUCUCUUA